CGCGCGCGCGCGCGCCAGGCGGGCCUGCUCGCGGGCUGGGACGGCCGCCUGCCCGCGGCGGCGGGGCGCUGGAGCUGGCGUGGCACGCCCCUGGUGCUGAUGGCACUGCCGAUGCUGGUCCUGCUGAUGGCAGCGGCGUGGAGCGGCAGGGUGCUGCGGCUGCCCGUCCAG